AUGGGGAGGCUAGUGAACUUGCGCCAUUUUGACAUGACUGGCGUGGAUAUUCCAUCAUCAGAAGAGAUGUCGCUACAUAUAGGUAAAUUAACUAAUCUCCAAACAUUGUCAAAUUUUAUGGUGGGUAAAGAUUGUGGGCGUAAAAUAGGAGAGUUGAAAAACCUAUCGAACAUUCGAGGGGCAAUACACAUAUCAAGAUUGGAGAAUGUCGGUGGUGUUAAGGAUGCAAGGGAUGCCAAUUUUAUGUCUAAGGAGGAGUUAAAAGAGUUAUUGCUAGAAUGGGAUGAAUCUCACCGUUCGCAGAAUGACAUAGUUGAGAGGGAUGUGCUUGACAUGAUGAGACCUUUCAAAUUGUUGGAACGACUCACCAUCAGUGGAACUUUUCCACCACUUGGACAACUACCCUUGCUUAAAGACCUUUACAUUGAAGGAAUGAGUGCAAUAAAGCGCUUGGUUUGUGAGUUCUAUGGGCAGCAGUGUAGUGCCAAACCUUUCCCAUCUCUAGAGAGAUUGAGCUUUGAGUUUAUGCCAGAAUCGGAGGACUGGUCUACUUUUGAAACAGAGGGAGUUCAGCCAUUCGGUCAUCUCAGUGAGCUUUCCAUAAAAAAUUGUCCCCAACUUGUUGGAAGAUUACCAAAUGAUCUUCCUUGUCUCAAUUCUCUCAAAAUUGAUGGUUUUCCGCAGUUAUUGAUUGAUGUUUCCAGCCUCGUUCACCCAUCACUUGCGUCCUUGUCAAUGAAUAAUGUUAUGCUCCCAAUCCUUUCAGCACUCUUAGGGACGAAAAACAUGAUUGAACUUGGUUCUCUCACCUUGGAUAUUAGACAUGUUACAGUUCUUGACUCUCUCUGCGAUCCAAGCACAACUGAUGAAGAGUUACUGGCUAAUGAAAUGUCUAAGCAUUUGACUUCAAUAACUACUUUGAGCAUUUCUCAUGUUAAAAAACUGGCGUUCCUACCGACAUGGUUUACUCGAAAUUUGAUGGGACUUGUGAAAUUGGACAUUAGUAACUGCCAAGAACUCAUAACAUUGUGGUGGAAUAAGGUGGGAAUAUUUGAUGGGACUUGUGAAAUUGGACAUUAG